AUGAUUGAUCAUGCUUAUGCGUAUUAUUCUCAUUGUUUUAAACAACGCGAAGUCAAUUAUCUCUCACCAACUGAUGUACGUGUGAACAAUUAUAUUAAAAAUUUCGACAAUCAUUUAAAUGAGCAACCGUCGAAAUCCUUUCUUUUUACCAUGAAUGAUUUUCGAUGGGCUAUUAGGAGUCUCAAAGCUAAACAAUCAUCGGGACCAGAUAAAGUUUCAAAUAAAACGAUUAAACUCCUUCCACAAUCUCAUUAUUCGUUUAUUCUGGUAGCAUUCAAUAAACUUUUGACCACAAAUUUAUAUCCGUCUCAUUGGAAAACAGCAAAAAUGCUCUUACUUCCGAAAGAAAAAGCAUCGUUGAUCUCAAUUGAGAACACCAGAUCGAUCUCAUUAAUAUCGUGUUUUGGUAAAGUUUUCGAAAAAUGUAUGCUUUUACAUCAGAAAGUGAAUGACAGAAAACAAUAUACUCCCCGAUGA